AUGUUCUGUACCAAACUGAAAGACUUGAAGAUCACUGGGGAAUGUCCUUUCUCCUUACUGACCCAAAGUCAUAUAUCUGAUGAACAUGAGGAGGAAUGUGCAGAAGUGCCAAAUAGUUCUAGAGCAGCUUUGCCCAUCUGCAAAGAAGUCAGUGAAAAAGACACUCAUGGGACCCUUCCAAAAAGGAAAACCAGUAGAAGCAGAGUGUAUCUGCACACAUUAGCUGAAAGCAUCUGUAAACUGCUCUUUCCUGAGUUUGAAAGGUUACAUCUUGCACUUCAGAGAACAUUAGCAAAGAACAAAAUAAAAGAAAACAGGAAAUACGGGGAGAGAGAAGAUUUUGAAAAAAUAGUCACUGAUCAUGCAAAUGCAGCAGGUGUUCCAGUUGAAACUGUAAAGGAAUCUCUUGGUGAAGAGCUAUUCAAAAUAUGUUAUGAAGAGGAUGAACACAUCUUAGGAGUUGUUGGAGGAACCCUUAAGGACUUCUUGAACAGUUUCAAUACUCUUCUGAAGCAGAGUGGCCAUUGCCAAGAAGCAGACAAAAAGAGCAAACUUGAGGAAGCCUCCAUAUUAUGCCUGGAAAAAGAUCAAGAUUUCUUAAACGUGUACUGUUUCUUUCCUAAGAAAAUAACUAGUCUCAUUCUGCCUGGCAUUAUUAAGGCAGCAGCUCAUAUUUUGUAUGAAACCGAAGUGGAAGUGAUGCUGAUGCCCCCCUGCUUUCGUAAUGACUGCACAGCGUUUAUUAACCAGCCAUAUUUGUUGUACUCUGUACUAGUCAAAAGCACAAGACCUUCCUUAUCUCCAUGUAAACCACAGUCCUCUCUUGUGAUUUCCGCCUCUCUGUUCUGUAAAACUUUCCCAUUUCAUUUCAUGUUUGACAAGGAUAUGGCUGUUCUACAAGUUGGCAAUGGGAUAAGGAGACUUUGGAACAGGAGAGAAUUUCUAGCAAAUCCUAACUUUGAGGAGUAUUUUGAAAUUCUUACCCCUAGAAUAAACUGCACAUUUAGUGGGAUCAUGACAAUGCUCAAUAUGCAGUUUACCGUACGAGUGAAGAGAUGGGACAAUGCUGUUAAGAAGUCAUCAAGGGUAAUGGAUCUUAAAGGCCAAAUGAUCUAUAUUUUUGAAUCCAGUGCCAUCUUGUUCUUGGGAUCUCCCUGUGUGGACAGAUUAGAAGAUUUUACAGGACGUGGAUUAUACCUUUCUGAUAUUCCAAUUCAUAAUGCACUGAGGGAUGUUGUUUUGAUAGGAGAACAAGCCAGAGCUCAAGAUGGACUAAAGAAGAGAUUAGGAAAGCUUAAAGCUACUCUUGAGAUGGCCCACCAAGCUCUGGAAGAGGAGAAGAAGAAGACAGUAGAUCUUUUGUGCUCAAUUUUUCCUGGUGAGGUUGCUCAGCAGCUGUGGCAGGGACAAGUUGUGCAAGCCAAGAAAUUUAAUAAUGUCACAAUGCUUUUCUCUGACAUUGUAGGAUUCACUGCCAUCUGUGCCCAGUGCUCACCUAUGCAGGUUAUCACCAUGCUUAAUGAGCUCUAUACUCGCUUUGAUUACCAGUGCGGAGAGCUAGAUGUCUACAAGGUGGAGACCAUUGGAGAUGCUUAUUGCGUGGCUGGAGGUUUACACAAAGAAAGCGAGACACACGCUGUUCAAAUAGCAUUGAUGGCACUGAAGAUGAUGGAGCUGUCAGAUGAGGUGAUGUCUCCCCAUGGAGAGCCUAUCAAGAUGCGUAUUGGCCUCCAUUCUGGGUCCGUCUUUGCUGGAGUUGUUGGGGUUAAAAUGCCACGUUAUUGUCUCUUUGGAAACAAUGUAACCCUUGCCAACAAGUUUGAGUCUUGCAGUAUACCUAGGAAAAUAAAUGUCAGUCCAACAACUUACAGGCUGCUAAAAGAAUAUCCAGAUUUUGUGUUCACACCUCGCUCAAGAGAAGAACUUCCUCCAAACUUUCCCAGUGAUAUUCCUGGUAUUUGUUACUUUCUGGAUGCUUAUCUUCAAGGAACAAAUUCAAAGCCUUGGUUUCAAAAGAGAGAUUUUGAAGAUGGUAAUGCAAAUUUCUUGGGCAAGGCAACAGGGGUAGACUAA